UGUUUUUAUUAUUAAAUAAUGAUUUGUAAUUUAGUUGAUUAUACUCUAAGAACAACUCCAAAUAAAGGGAGAUUAUCAUAGACAAAUACUACAACAUCACCUAACAGUUCAAGAAAUUCUUCUUUUGAAGCUUCUUAACUUAAAAUUCCUAGACCUUUAUUAAGUUUUGAUGAAAAAUUUGAAGCCUCCCUUUGUGCUUUUGGUAUUGGGUUUAUAAUCCAUUUAGAGUUUAAAUUAUUAUUCCCUGAAGAAGAUGGCUAAAAAAAUUUUGAACAGUUCACUUAGGAAUUGAUAUAAGAUAAACUUAUAUUCUUGAAUGAUGAAAAAUAUUUAUAAUUGUAAUAGGCUUCAUUAGAGAUUGUAGAAGAGAAUGUAAAGCUUUUAAUUAAAAAACAUAGAUUAUUAAGGAUGAUAGAACUACUUUGAUGCUUAAAAAUAUACCAAGAAACAUGAAGCCUAACGACUUGAGAAAUAUUUUAAAUAAAGAAUUUCGUAAUCUUUAUGACUUUUUUUAUUUACCUUUGGAUAACAAUGUAUUUUUAUUUAAUAAAUGAAGAAUGAUGGUCAUUUGGGAUAUGCUUUUGUUAAUUUUAUAAAUCAAGACAUUGUAUUAAGGUUUUAUAGAACAUUUAAUAAUUAAAAAUGGACUAAUUCAGAAAAGGUAUUUCUAAUUUUAAUUAAUUUGUAGUAAAUUUGUCAAUUAAAAUAUGCAAAAUUAUAAGGAAGAAGGUAAUAUGAAUUUACAAGAUGA